AUGCUGGAAUUCAUCGGCCAGCCAUACAAGGAGAGACGUUUUCAAGCCUCAGAAGUGGAACAGUGGUUUGCUAAUAAGAAAAAAUUGGGUUUCGACUUUCCAAACUUGCCCUACUUGAUUGAUGGUGAUAAAGUGAUUACCCAAUCUCACGUAAUCACCAUGUAUUUGGGCAAAAAACACGGAUUAGCCGGUGCUAAUGACGACGAUGUCAUAAAGAUUGCCAUUGCUGAAGGCGGCAUAAAGGACUUGCGUCAGGGCAUCUCUAAAAUCGCUCUUGCCUCCGACUACGAAAAUCUAAGACCCGGUUUCAUGCCCACGUUCUUCGAGGGACUUGAGACCAUCUCCAAGUAUAUGGGAAGCAAAAAUUUCCUUAUUGGUGAUAAGCUCUGCUAUGCCGACUUCGUUUUGUAUGAGAAUUUGGAUGUAUUCGAGAUUUUUGAACCGAAAUGCUUAGAAAAUUAUCCCAAUCUAAAACGCUUCAAGAAGGAAUUUGAGGUGAGCGGAUGA